AUGGUUCGUUUAUCCCCCCAGUUAGCCGAAAUUUUUUACCAAGAGCAUAAAACUAAGCCAUUUUUUAAAGGAAUGACUAAAUUUAUGUCUAGUUCGCCGGUGGUAAUAAUUUGUCUUGAAGGAGAAAACGCGAUCAAACUUAAUCGUGAAAUUAUGGGUGCUACUAAUCCCCUAGAAGCGAAGGUAGGAACUAUUAGAAGAACUUACGGUGAAAGUAUUGACAACGCUAAUGCAGUUCAUGGUUCAGAUAGUCCCGAAGCAGCAGAAAGAGAAAUUAACUUAUUUUUUAAAGAAGGGGAAAUAUUUUCGAGUAGAUAA